CGCAUGGUUUUGACAGCAUGUUCCAUGAUCAAACAGGAAAUUUAUGGAAUCCACGCCCGCCAGGUUGCAAAGAUUCAUUAGACUAAUAAAUCUUAUCUUGCCGCCCCGGCAACACCUCUUUUGCCUUAUCCACAAACCACUCCUCACCAGAUCAUCAUCGUGAAAACGAGCAACUACCAGUCUUGGUCCCCUAGCGGGUUGUUGUUAAUUCGAUCCAUAACUUAGGGCUAAAGCAUAUCCACAACAAGGAGGCGGUAAACAAAGGGUACAUUUAAUCGUCUUCAGCGUCACCUGAUUUGCAACGUGAGGGGAAUUUUCGUAUUAUAGCACCACACCCAUCAAAAUAAGAUCUUGCAUGAUCAGCGAUCCUUCUCAUACUACAAUAGCAGAUUGAUUGUGCUAUUUUACCAUUCUCAUGUUCUUGGACCUUGUAUCCUUGCAACUGCACUGCAUGUGUGUUUGAACCGCAGCAACUCUCUGAUUCUGCCAAGAAACCGGUGUCAUGGCAAGGACAAUUCCGCGUGUCUAUACUGAGGCCGAGCGUCUGGAACAACAAAAUCUUCGCCGGGAGAGAAUUAGACAGGAAAUAGCAAAGGAAAAAGUGGCUUACGCAAGAGCCUUGUCGUCAUCCUGGCCGCUCGCAUCUAUCCCGCGAAGCUGGAAAACAGAACCCUACGCAUGGGAGUACGAAAGUCUACAGGGCUCAAUGGCUCCUGUCCCUGAAACAGGCUCAAUUGCGCAUGCUAACUCACCCUGCCAAGAUUCGCAGGAAUCUAGCCACGACAAUCCGACACCGAUAGACUCGCCCAAGUCAACAAGCAUGAUUGAAGCGCUGCCCCUUGAGCUUCUGGAACUAAUUGUUCGAAUUGCUCUGGACCUCGAUGAACAACAGAAACCCACUGGCGCUCCCAAAGUUUGGGAGCCGUAUCCCAUCAAUGAUUCCUCCAAGGGAAAGCUUCCUCCAGGACGAAUGGUCAGCCGGACUGCCUUGCCACUCAUCCUUAGCUGCAGGACACUGCGCACCAUCACCCAUGCAAUCAUACUUUCACAUGUUCAAUUUUGGAGUCCCAACAACCGGCAAACGGAUUGGCUGCUGACGUCUCUAGAUAAAGGGAGUCUACUGUCUAGAUUAAGGCAUGUCGCUAUUAAUCUGGACGGCAACAGUAGUAAUACUUGGGAUGGCAAGGGCCAGACCUAUGGGGAUGAUGAGUGCAGCUAUCAACUCGUGGCAAAUGGAUCGGCACUUUUGGAACGUCUUCCUGAUGACCUAUCCAGUCUCUCUCUCACGACGCAAGAUGACGGGGACUACUCAUCCUACAUUUACUUUGGGAGGAUACAUCCAGCUUUCCAACAAAGUCUGGCGAGGCUCCGCAAUCUCCGCCAUCUUGAGCUGGAUUUCUACAACCAGUGGCUUUCUCUUAACUUGUGGUGCGCGAAACCUCCUGUCUCGAUGACCUUUCUUGCCAAGGACGUGGCCCUUCCACCCCCAAUGUUUCCCAACCUCCGGCACCUUUAUCUGACCGGCUGCUUAAGCGAGAGUGUGACCUCAGAAGACGUCAUAGUCGCGUUUUCUCAACAGCAGCUACCCUCCCUGCAGUCCUUGGUUAUCGACCGUCUGCUCUAUGAGGACGAGGGACCUCCAGUCUUUGUUCCUGAGGUCAUCAAGCAUAUGAACCCUCUGAGGGAAUUUAGUUGGCUGAAUUACGAUUUUGGGAUAGAGAUUCGACGCUCCCUGGGUGAUCCACAUGAUCUUCCCAUGAGGGAACACCUCGAGGCUCUAAAGCGCCAUCAUGGCGUAACACUGGAGCUGUUGACACUGAAUUAUAACGGGGAAUGGGGGAGACCCGAGUAUGAUUUCACAGAGGACUAUCUGAAAGAUUUCAUCAAAGCGAUACCGACCUUGAACAAGGUCUAUAUCGAUAUCCCAGGUAUUGGGGUUAAGAUCACAGUGGGUCCGUCCACAAUAGAUGACUAGGCCUGUGGGAGUUCGGCAAACUCAGUUUUAAACGCCUUGGCCAAAGUCUUUGCAAAUUCCUUCUUAGUGUCUAAUACCUAAAUCGUUCAAGCGGCGAAGCCAUUCGUCCCGGCUCCGCCAUCUAACACGCAACCCCUCCUUAACGAUACUGGGCAGGUGUAGAAUACUGCGGUGCAGUAAUAGGACAUAUUCAUCCACCCAGAUGUUGUAAAUUACUCAACUUGAAAGCAUCGAACCAGCAGCGUGCUAU